UAGGGAAAGAUAAUGAUAGUGUAUUCGGAGCGAUAAUGAAUCCAAAUCAAUUAUUUGUUUAUUGCAACAAUGAAAUAUUUGACGAUUUUGUGGACCCUAACGUUGUUAGCGGUCGAAAGUGUUUAUACCAGUCUUGUCAAUAUACAUUUUGAGGGGUGCGUGAAUAAAGCCAAUUGGAAUAUAGUGCAAUAUGAUAACAUUGACGUGUUACUGUUGAAACGGAACAAGAUAAUUAUCGGAGCGUCAUUUGAUAGUUGCAUCACGUUGGUUCCCGAUUGUAAUUUGCCUUCAGGAAGUAUAUUCCAACUGGAAGUCUACACACGACUGCAUAAUGAAAAUAGCGGUUUAAAAGUGAUUAUGUAUCCAGAGAACGGCCUUCCACUCAGUCAUACCUUUAAAAGAUCUGAUAUUUUCAAUCAGGAUCAGUUGAUACCGGAAUGGUUGACUCUUACUUUUCCGGUUCCAAAUGAUACUAAAAGGAUUGAACUACACGGAUUUACUGAAAAUGAUGAAAUCCUUCUAAUCGAUUCAAUACAAUUGAUAUUAAAUGAUGUUUCUUAUCAAGAUAAUCAAUUUACUACAGAUAAUUUAUUAACACUUUUUGCAUAUAAUAUUGUUAAUGCUGGUAUAUACAACGAAAAUCUAGUAAGUAGCGAUAAAAUUAUUUAUGACAGUCAAUCUGAUGCUAAUAGUGAGUUUAAUACAGAAAUAGACAGAGUAAGAAGAUCUUUAAAAAAUUGGAACGAAGAUGGUAAUACAGAUACAGAAUUUAUACUUUAUGAUCCAAUCAAAUAUGAUUUAAUAGCUAAUCAACCAACGAUAUAUACAGACACUUUUAUAGAAUCUCCAUACGAUGAUUUAAAUGAAAACAGCAUAGUGUCGUCAACGUCUACUGAAACAACGUCCAGUGAAAUAUCGAAUAGUGAAACAACGACCAGUGAUCCAACGGCUAGUGAAACAACGACCAGUGAACCAACGGCUAGUGAAACAACGACCAGUGAACCAACGGCUAGUGAAACAACGACCAGUGAACCAACGGCUAGUGAAACAACGACCAGUGAACCAACGGCUAGUGAAACAACGUCCAGUGAAACAACGACCAGUGAUCCAACGGCUAGUGAAACAACGUCCAGUGAAACAACGACCAGUGAUCCAACGGCUAGUGAAACAACGUCCAGUGAAACAACGACCAGUGAUCCAACGGCUAGUGAAACAACGUCCAGUGAAACAACGACCAGUGAUCCAACGGCUAGUGAAACAACGUCCAGUGAAACAACGACCAGUGAAACAACGACCAGUGAAACAACGGAUAGUGAAACAACGACCAGUGAACCAACGGCUAGUGAAACAACGACCAGUGAAACAACGACAACUCAAGCAACAACUAUUGGAGAAAACCCAGACUCAACAGAAGAUACAUCAAUAUUAGUAAUUAUACUGAUUAUUGUAUCUGUCGUAAUAGUUUUAGCUUUAUUAGGUGUAUGUGCCUAUUUCUUAGGGAAGAGGAAGGCGAAAGUCGAACAGCGACCUCUUGAGGAAGACUUUGAUCCUGAAGCAGAGCCACCUAUAACUAUAACUAUUCCUCGUGUUAAAGGCGUGUAUUAUAAUACAGGUUCAAUUUCACCAUCACGAUAUAUAUAA